GGAGUGGUUGGGAUAGAGGGAAGGUAAUCGGAUGGCUGGGAUUCUGUGUCUCCCUCGUCCGAUUUUGCCUAUAAAAGGCAGAUGGAUUUCAGAAGAAACGAAAAGAGGAAGGCGAAGAAUCUAGGAGAUCAUUGUGAGUUUGGGUUGGAGGAAUCAAGAGCAAUAGAAAGUCCGAUCUUUGUCAUCGGAAUCCGAAGGUUACUGCAGACAUAGGUAUCACUUUGUUUUGAUUUAUUUUCUGUAUAUUAUACCUUGAUAUUAAAUGGGAAUUUGAGUUUGCUUUUGAAUUAGUUGUGAAUUUAUUCUGAGUUUCAUUAGAUGUUUACUGUGCAUUGGGAAUUUCUUGAUUUUGACAUGAAUUUGUGAAAUUAUCGUGUAAAAGGGUUCCGUUGAGCUUGGUUCAGGCUUAGGAUCUGUUUUCCUAU